CUCCUCAGCCUGGGCCUACGUUUAACAACAGUCAGCACUUUUACGCAAAUUCUGCCCCAUCAUCCACCACAGAAUUCCAAACGCCUCUGUUACGCCAACGCCCCCCGGUUCCAUUGUUUUCCAGCUCUAGCAACAACAUUUCUCACAUGA